UCCGAGGACAGAUAGCAACAGUGGAGUUCGCGUGGCUCGGAGCGUUCUCGCUCUCUGAUUGGCCAGCAGUGAUUACAGGCACGCUUCAGAGGGCGAACAAACAACUGGCAUAAAUUAUGCUAAUGAGAUCGCCGUGCGGCACGGGGCAGACCUGAUGCAACCCAUUCAUCCAUCCUUCACCGAAAUGCCAAAGCGCGGGGGGUGCUUUCAUUGUCUUAUCAGGGUAUAUAAGGUAACUGAGGCCAGUCGUGUGCCAGGCUCACUGGCUCACACGAGCUGAUUGAAAAGCAAGAGCGAGACGGACGCGUGCCUUAAAACUUCAACACAAACUUCUCUGUGCGACUUUGGCUCCCCAGAGAGAGCUCCAAGCCUUUAGCUUAACCCUCAAACCACCAACAGAGAGCGAACCAUGUGCACAGCAAUGGAGAGUGCGUUCUCCGAUAUAGACAGCUCCAGCUGUGACUAUUCCUUUCCUCACACGGAUGAUGAGGAUUCCCGCGGCAGCAUGCACGCCGCCUCGCCCGGGUCCUCGCUAGCAUCGCCGCUAAACAGCCCACAGGACGCCGGCGAGCUGCAGCAGAAGAAGAAGCGCAGAGGUCGCGUGCGGAGCGAAGCUGCCGUUCACGUGGUAAAGAAGAACCGCAGAAUGAAAGCCAACGACCGCGAGAGGAACCGCAUGCACAACCUGAACGACGCACUAGACGCGCUGCGGGGGGUCCUGCCUGCAUUCCCCGAUGACACCAAGCUCACCAAAAUCGAGACUUUGCGCUUUGCGCACAACUACAUCUGGGCGCUGUCUGAGACCAUCCGCAUCGCGGACCAGCGCGGAAACAAAGCCAGAGACUCUGUCCCGGCAGUGAGCUGCAUGACUGAAGUACCGAGUCCGGGGAGCGAUGCGUGUUCAUGGGCAUCAAGCGCCUCCUCUUCAGGCUCCUCUCCAUCCUAUAACUCAUCGAGCCCCAGCAGCCCGGAAGCUAUGGACGAUUACGGAUUUUUGCAAGCAGACGUCGUUUACUGCUAUCACAGCUACCCUGGCGUUUAUUAAUCUAUCUCCUAGUCCAUCUUCUUUAGCUAGCCAAAUAAAGGGAAAAUUGCAUUUCCUAUUUCUUUCAUUAGAAGCAAGAGUGCAGAGCCUGAGACAGAUUAGAUGUUCACUGUUUUGCCUUAAAUACCGUCAGUUUUUUGAAUGAGAAUGUUUUAUUUUUGUAAGUUUGUAUUGCUGAACUUAAGGGCUUCCCGUACCUUUGCACUUUUGUCCCACCUUUCUUCCAUCUCCACCUCAGUGCCAGUCAGGGGAAAAAUGUUGCUGCGAACAGAGAAGACAGAUUUGCAUUUAGCCGUCCGAGGUGAAAAGUCAAUUUUACAAUUUGUUAGGCGCUAGAGCAGAAAAGCGAGCGUGAAAAUGCAGUUUCAACGCUUUGACAAUAGAAUGAAAGGCCGUCAAAAAGACAAGUAACUAGCCUUAUGCAUUAUGUAUUUUGACCCCUGAGAAAUACUGUUCUCUUCAAUGUACAGAAAGAGCCCUUUACACACAGAAGUGUUCUUACUGUUACGUCUUCUUUUUUUAUUUAUUGAACCCACUGCUUUUAUGAUAUUGUAUUUUUUAUUGUAUAUAAAGAGAUUUAUUCUAUUAUGUAUUUACCUAAAAGUAUAAGUUGUUACAGACUUUGUUUUGUACGAAUAAAUAUAAUUGCUCUUUUUAAAAAAACAA